UUGCUAAGCAAACUGUGCUAAUGGGGUAUAUUUACAAUUACUAAGAACUAUAUUAAUAUUGAAUCAACUUAAUCUUACGUUGGAAAACUGGCCCUAAGUUACAAUUACAUUUAAAUGCGCUUCAGAUAAUUGACGUAAUUUACUAUUGAAAAUUCAGUCAAUUGGUUCCUAUUUAAAUUGAAGUACUUUUUUGGUAUCUGGUAUCGGCAAAUUUUUUGAAAAAGGCUACCUGUGUAUCAUAUUUAUUUAAAUAUCUUGACAAAUCCAUUAUUUUAAAAAAAUAUUUGUUUUAGUCAAUUAUUCAAUAAAAUGGCGUCAAAGAUUGAAUUUGCUGUGAACAUGACUUGCGAAAAAUGUGUUAAUGCAAUAAAAAAUUGCCUUAGCGAUAACAAAGACAUACAUAAAGUAGAUAUAUCACUUGAUCGAGGAACUGUUUUAGUUGAAACAAAACUUCCGUAUACAGUAAUCCAAGAAAAAAUAGAAAGUUCCGGUAAACGGGCUGUCUUGAAAGGCUUCGGAGAUAAUUCGAGUGCAGUUUCUAUGAUUGGCGGAACUUCUGGUUUUUCUACGAACAAAUUAAUCCAAGGAGUUGUCAGAUUUAUUGAAACUCAGAAAGGUUGCAUAGUUGAUGGUACAAUUGACGGACUAGAUCCUGGAGAUCAUGGGUUACAUAUUCAUGAAUGUGGUGACAUUUCUAAUGGUUGUGAAUCAGUAGGCCAACACUUCAAUCCUUACAAUUGCAGUCAUGGAGGCCUAGAAGAUGACAUUUCUAAUCGAGUAAUUAUUAUCACUAACAACAGCAUCCUAGGAUUAAAUAUUGUAUUGUUUUCUUUUGUCUUUAAUUUUCAGCAUAUGGGAGAUCUUGGGAACAUAACUGCAGAUACAGCCGGGCGAGCCCUGUUCAGAUUUCAAAAUAAUGAUUUGAAAGUUUCAGAUAUUAUCGGAAGAUCUCUUGUCGUUACAGAAAAUGCUGAUGAUUUGGGAAGAGGGCAAAAUUCAAAUUCUAAAAUUGACGGAAACAGCGGAUUCAAAAUAGCCUGCGGAAUAAUAGCAAGAUCGUGUGGGAUAUUUGAAAACACAAAAAAAAUUUGUAGCUGUGAUGGAAAAACAUUAUGGGACGAACGAGAUGAAUCGAAAAAAAAGUACACUCAAUUAUUGGACUACAAGAAUAUUAAUCUAGAUGAAAAGCGAUGAUUUUUUUUUGCGGUUUAAGGCCAUAGUUUGUAAAAAGGCAAACUUAAAAAUUUGUAAUGAUUUUAUGUGAUAGUUGUUUUUAAAUAAAGAGAAAGUUUUUUAUU